AUGUACGGACGAGCCCCGAGAGUGACCUUCGCGGCAACAAGCGGUGCUCCGUCUACUGUUGGCCCCGGAUCUUACGAUGUUAGCCCAACCAGCAGGAGAGAAGAUGGAUAUGCUCCAUUCCUGUCGUUGUCCGACAGGAUGUCAAUAUUUAGUAAUUCCAGUGAGAGAACACCAGGGCCUGGAGAGUAUGACCCCUCACCUGUCCAGGGAAAUAUCCAUGGUGGCCAAAGUCUUCAGAACUGCUCCAAGCGUUUUAAGGAGGUCAGGUCAGAGGUUCCCGGCCCCGGGGCCUACAAUGUGCUGCCUCCCUCCAGAAAUGUGCGCAGUGCCAUGAAGGCUAAUGUAGGACAGCCUGAGAGGCUUGGCAGACUAAUGGCAAAAAGUCUCCAGCUAGUUCAUCAGACACAUAUCCCAUCCAUUCCUUCCCCGGGCCAGGCCUUUGGCUAUGAAGAGAAUGAGGAGGGUGUGCUCUGUCAGAAGCAGCUUUCUCUUAGGGACACAACCUUGGGGCCAGCCUACUACAAUCUGCCACUGUAUGAGCUGACUUUUCAGAAGUAUAAAGGUGUGCACUUUGGCAACAUGACAGAGAGGAGAGGUGACUUGAAAGUGGAGGUGGGACCAGGUCCAGGACAGUAUUAUCCUGAGAUUAUCCCAGAAACCCACUAUGCCAAUGUGAAUCUUCCAAAAGAACAGAGAGUUAAAGCUGAGCUUGUCAUCCCGCGUUACCAUGAGCUGGUUCCCCAGAAAGAGGAAAAGAAGGGUGUUCCUGGUCCAGGCCAGUACAACAUCAGAGGUCAGUUUGAGAAGCCCAGCAGCUCAAGCAGCAGAGCCCUGAAGCUAGCGUGUCCCUUUGUCUACACGUCUGAGAGGUUUAGUGAAGAGAAAGAAGUGUCCCCUCCUGUUGGCACAUAUAAUGACCCACGCUGUGCCCUGGAGCUGCUGAAAAGGACCACAGGAGCGAAGAAAAGCCCAUUUGGGAUCACUGCAGUGCGAUUCUCCUCCGACCACAAAAGAAGCGCCGCACCAGGUCCAGGUUCCUACAAUGUAUUUGAACAUGGUUUGGCCAAUGAAAGUUUAAGAAAGGCCAUUUCAGAGCAAACCAGGAAGGGUGGUUUUGGCUCCAUCGCUCAGCGCCGCUUCAUUUUCUACAACAAGAAUUCAGUCGAAGCCCCAUGUCCAUCGCAGUAUGAGACAGGAAAAGACAAAGAAGAGGGCUACAAAAAACAGCACAGCGCAGUUUUCAAAUCAACCACAGAGCGUCUGACAUCCUCUCUGCUGGCUAAGGGAUCAAGCUGGCGCGCACACACUAGAGAUGAUCCUUUCAUAUACAACGUGAGUCAGUCAUUUGAGAAGGUUAAUCGCAUCUCUUACUCAGAGCCCCGAAGUGAAGGAGCGAGGAAACGACAGGGCUGCUUCCUUUCUGCUGCACCUCGAGCUAGUUUCCUACGAUGUGACCCCAGUAUACCAGGCCCCAACCAGUACAACCCCAGCGUGAAAUCCUUCUCCAAGAUGACCCUGAUCUCCUCCACAGAAGAUCGAUUCAAACAGGCCAAGCGCAGCAACCUUGGACCUGCCGCUUAUCAGUUGAGUCCAAGUGUUAUGAACACAGUACUGAAAGGCACCUUCAAUGUGACGCUCAGCAACCCUCUGAGUCCCCACGGCGCCCCAGCUCUGCGUGUGUCAAAGUUCACAAGUGAAAGGCUCCAGCUUGGAAGAAAAUGA